AUGGCCUUCAGAGGUCCUGAUCUCCACCUCCCUGCAUCCUUGAUGAGCCAGAGGCUGAAGGCUGAAGAGAUGACACUGGACCUGGAGUUUGAGGUCUUGAGUGUGGGGUUUAAUGAGGAGGGCAGAUAUGCCCUGAGGCUGUCAGCUGAGAAUCCACUACAGGCAGGCUCUGGGGCUGGAGUGCAGUUGCAAGUCAAUGAUGGGGACCCCCUCCCAGCCUGCUCUGCUGUCACUGAGGUCAUUGAGCAGCAGGAUACUGACCAGAGCCUCACCUUCACCAGGAACAAAUUUAUCUUUACUUUGCCCAAAGGGUUCUGCAAGAAUGAUGGGCAGAAUGAUGCACAUCUGCGCAUAGAAGCACUGAGGCUGGAUGGAUCUUCAGGACAUGUGGCCCAGAGGGUGGGUGAGGCUAUCUUUCCCAUCUAUCCACGACCAGAUGAGCCCCGAAUGAACCUCACAGCACAGGAGCAUGAGGACCUGUAUCGCUACUGUGGCAACCUGGCUCUUCUCCGAGCUAGUGAGGACCCCACAGCCCGUCACUGUGGGGGCCUGACUUACAGUGUGGCCUUCCAUGUGCACCGAGCCCCUAGGUCUUCUGUCUCAAACUGCCUUGUGGAGCUCAGCCAGCCAGAACCGAUGUCACUACAUCCAGAGCUACAGACUUUGAGGGAGGUCCUGAGUUACAGGGCAGAAAUCUUUUCUGUGAGCCCAUCCAGCUCCAACAGUGACCAGGAAGAACUUAGCUGGGAACCAGGACACUGGCAGCAUAAGGCUCAGGUUCCUGAAGAACCAGGGGGCCCCCUGGAUAUCUCCCUGGACCCAGAUCCUGACACCAACUACCUGGCUCCCUAUAAUAAGGAGAUUGUCACGGUCACUCUGCAUGGAGCUACCAACCUUCCUGCCAGCAAGGACGGCUCUGAGCCGUGGCCCUAUGUGGCAGUAAAAACCACAUCAGAGGAAGCCACCGCUCCCAGCCCCAAAGCAGUGACCUCUGUGACCUCAGAACCCACCAGAGCACCCAUCUGGGGGGACACAGUGAAAGUGGAGAUCCAGGCAGAGGAUGCAGGACGAGAAGGUGUCAUCCUCAAGGUGAUGGACAACAAUAAGAAGGAGGAGCUGGUGUCCUAUGAAAUCCCCAUUAAAUACCUGCGUGUAUUCCAUCCAUACCACUUUGAGUUUAAAAAGGUCUUCCUUCGGGGAGUCAAUGAACCCUUGGUCAACAGCCCCAACCCCAUGGUGGUGAUCGUUCGGGUGGUUCCCAACUAUACUGAAUUUAAGGCCAGCCAGGCCAGGCGGGACCCUGCUUCUGUGGGGCUGCCCCUCACCCAGAUUUCUGUCCCUAUCUCAUCACCAAUGAACUUUGAUGUGCCUCGGGUCAGUCAGAACGGGUGUCCUCAGCUGUCCAAGCCUGGGGGACCCCCAGAGCAGCCCUUAUGGAACCAGUCCUUCCUCUUCCAAGGCCGAGAUGGAGCCACUAGUUUCUCAGAGGACACAGCCCUGGUGCUAGAGUAUUACCCUUCUGCCUCAAUGAAGAGCAGUGAACCAUGGACCCUCAAGCAGCCCCUGGGUGUCUCCGUGCUACCACUAAAAUCUCGUCUCUACCACAAGAUGUUGGCAGGAAAAGACUUGAAAGGGCUGCGUGUGGAGCGGCUCCCCAUCACUAGGCCAGAAAAAUUCUUGACACCAAACAAAAGCAAGGCUCUGCCCACUCUGAACCCCAAGAUCCUAGAUGAGAAUCUGGGUGCCAUCCGUGAGUCCUGGUCCAUGAGCUCCUCAGAUUCCUCUCAGGAAGCAGAGGAGCCUCAGACAUUUCGUGACAUGGAGAUGAACAACUACCGGCGGGCCUUGCAGAAAAUGGCAGAGGACAUCCUGGCACUGAGGAAGCAAGCCGGCAUCCUGGAGGAGGAGAACCGUAUGCUGAGGAGCCAACUGACCCAGCAGAGCAUGGAAGAAGAGCAGAGCAGAGCUGAAGAGGAGAGCCUGGCAGUGUCCAUGAAGCAGAGUCUACUGCUGAGUGAACUGGAUAUAAAGAGGCUGCGAGACAGGGUGCAGCACCUGCAGAAUGAGCUGAUUCGGAAGAAUGAUCGAGAGAAGGAGUUGCUGCUUCUGUACCAGGCCCAGCAGCCACAGGCUGCUCAGCUGAAGCGGUACCAGGACAAGCUGCAGAAGAUGAAGGCCCUGGAGGACACUGUACGGCACCAGGAGAAGGUGAUUGAGAAAAUGGAGCAAGUAUUGGAAGAAAGGCUCCGUGAGAAGAAGGAGCCAGCACCAGCAAACAGGCCCCAGAGGAAUCCCAUCACGGCCUCUGGCAUUUCCACGGGCCCCACGGGAGAGAACGUGGCUGUUGAUCUUUACUCCAUGCUGCUGGCAGAAAACACAAGGCUGCGGGCAGAGUUGGAAAAGAACCGCCAGCAGUCAGCCCCCAUCAUUCUGCAGCAGCAGGCCUUGCCGGUGGAUCCCAGGGAGUUGGGAGCAGGUGGAGACUUGGCAGAGAGGCUACGAGACACAAAUGGCCCAGGCCACUCCAAGUGCACAGAGACCUUGCCAGCACAGGUGGGUGUCCCGGGGGCUACUCCACUGCCUAGGCUGUUUCAGUGUCCUGCUGUACACAAACCCAAAGUCAGUAUUUGGAGUUAUGGUGGCAAGAGGACGCAGGAUCUCCUUGGUGCUACUUCAGACAAGUUUAACCUCCUCACCAAGCUAGAACAAGCUCAGAAUCGGAUCUUGUCCCUGGAAAACCAGCUGGAGGACUCAGCUCGCCGCUGGGCACAAGAGAAGCAAAACUUGGCCAUACGGCUUCAGGAGCAACAACAUGGCUUUGGACACCCAUCACACUCCAUUAUCAUAGACCAGCCUAAUGCUGGAGUGGCCAAGGAUCCCCAGCAGUCCUCCAAACUGGAACCCUCACUGCCCAGCUCAGACACAAAGCUCAACAGAUUCUCAAACUCCCAGAUCGAGACCUCUCACCCGCAGAAGACCUGA